CCUCAGCAAAAUGCUGCCAACCACUUCAGUCAAUUCUCGGAGCCAGGGUAAUGGUGCACUGAGCCCCAGGGAUGCUGCGAGGCACACGGCGGGGGCCAAACGCUACAAGUACCUGCGGAGGCUCUUCCACUUCCGACAGAUGGACUUUGAGUUUGCUCUUUGGCAGAUGCUUUACCUGUUCACUUCACCACAGAGGGUUUAUAGGAACUUUCACUACAGAAAACAGACCAAGGACCAAUGGGCGAGAGAUGACCCCGCUUUCUUGGUACUUCUCAGUAUCUGGCUCUGUGUGUCUACUGUAGGAUUUGGAUUUGUGCUGGACAUGGGGUUUUUUGAAACAAUAAAGCUGCUGCUUUGGGUUGUAUUCAUAGACUGUGUAGGUGUUGGCCUCCUGAUUGCAACUUUAAUGUGGUUCAUUUCUAACAAGUACUUGGUGAAGCAGCAGAACAGAGACUAUGAUGUGGAGUGGGGAUAUGCCUUUGAUGUCCACCUGAAUGCUUUCUACCCACUUCUUGUCAUUUUGCAUUUUAUCCAGCUGUUCUUCAUCAACUAUGUCAUCAUAUCUGAUUCUGUCAUUGGGUAUUUUGUUGGGAAUACGCUAUGGCUGAUUGCAAUUGGCUAUUACAUCUAUGUGACAUUCCUGGGAUACAGUGCAUUGCCCUUUUUGAAGAACACAGCCAUUCUUUUGUACCCGUUUGCACUUCUCAUCAUGCUCUAUUUGAUCUCAUUAGCGUGUGGCUGGAACUUCACCAAGAUGCUUUGCUCCUUUUAUAAAUACCGAGUGAAAUAAAACCAGGACUUCAUCUAUCUAACGUUUACUUUGGUUUUAUCUUAGCUGUCUUGACAGUAAAGAAAACAUGAAGAACACUUUGUAAAUGGUUGUAAAUUUCUCUUUAUUGUAGAUAAUUGUGUAAAAAAAGUUUGAAGUGUCCUUUUUUUUAUUAAAAUAUUUACAACAGUAAACA